CUCGGUUUAAGAAACACACCACCAACUAAGUAAGAAACACGAUCAUGAAGAGUCCUGCAACCUCUUUAGCCCUUUCACUUUUCUGCAUUCUUUUGGCCAUAGCCAUCUCACCUUCUUGUGCAGUAAUAAGCAUCCAGUCUUCUUCUGCAUGGAUUGAUCUUCCUAAUCCUUCUGGCUUUGUAACAUGCGUCAAAUCCAUGUCCCAAUAUGUUUAUACACCUGCUAAUUCGUCAUACAAUGAUAUUUAUGCCUUUUCCGCUCGAAACCCUCGUUUCCUAAUGCCAGAUGCAAAUCGUCUUCUUCCUGCGGUCAUUGUCACUCCUGGAGCCGAAUCGGAAGUCCCGACUGUGGUGAUCUGUGCCAGACAAAAUGACAUGCAGAUUCGGACAAGAAGCGGAGGCCAUGAUUUCGAAGGCCUUUCGUAUAGUAGCACAUACACCCGUCCUUUCGUCUUGCUUGACAUGAUCAACCUUAAAUCGGUUAUUGCUGACCCCGUGACCAAAACCGCAGUGGUGCAAGCAGGGGCAACUCUGGGCGAGGUCUACUACUGGAUCUAUCGAGCAAGUGGACUGCUUGGUUUCCCUGCUGGGGUUUGGUCCACGGUGGGAGCUACUGGACUCAUUUGUGGCGGAGGAUAUGGUCCAUUGAGACGAAAGUAUGGUUUGGCGGCUGAUAACGUAAUCGAUGCCCGCAUAGUCGAUGUUAAUGGAAAUAUUCUCGACCGAAAAGCUAUGGGUGAAGAUCUUUUCUGGGCUAUUAGAGGUGGUAGCUGUUCUAGCUUCGGUGUCAUUUUGACCUGGACGCUAAACCUGGUUGAUAUCCCCCCAAAAGUGACGAUUUUCACAGUGCUUCGAGAGGAUCGCCAGACUGAAAUCAUUUAUCCCUUCCAAACCAUUGCUCCGGUUCUUCCAAAUGAAGUGGACAUCAGGUGCCGUAUAAGUACAGUCAUCAACUUUAAUACGAGUACACGGCCAGACGGUUUAGCCAUUCAACUAGGCUUCACGGGGGCAUACCUUGGUUCGGCUGAUGACUUAUUCACCAUAUUUAGCACCAGGCUCCCCGAAAUAGGUUUCUUGAGAUCAGACCUUGUGGAAGUUCCUUGGAUCGAGGCUCUCAUGCAAUCCUCGUUUUUCCCAUUUUUCUCCUCCAACUACACUCCCGAGGAUUUCCUCAACAGAUCAUUUUUAGCUGAUAUUCCUACCAAAGCAAAGUCCGACUUUGUAAGAUCGCCACUGUCCGUCCCAGCAAUAAAUGGCUUAUGGGACAAGCUUCUUGAGGUCGGAGCCGGGGAGACAACUGUCAUCUUCACGCCUUAUGGAGGAGUUCUGGACAAUUAUCCAGAAUCCGCCAUUCCAUUUCCCAACAGAGCUGGAACAUUGUUCAUGAUUUACGCGAGGGUUCUGUGGGUUGGGAACACAACACAGAAGUUGGAAUGGAUACGAAGCCUACAUGAUUACUUGACACCGUAUGUUUCAAGCAACCCGCGAAGAGCUUAUUAUAACUACGAUGAUCUUGAUUUGGGCGCAAACCCUGCCACUGGCAUCAUCAGCAACAUAGCUGCCCGUAGCUGGGGAAGCUCGUACUUUAAUGAGAACUUCAAUCGGUUAAUUGCAAUAAAAACACUGGUCGAUCCGCUCAACUUCUUCAGACAUGAGCAGACAGUCCCGCCAUUUUCACUCAUACAAGAGAUGUGAUCGAGUCAGCUCAACCACCUGAUUUGCUUGUUCGUAUUGAAUCUCGUAAUAAUAAAAUUUAGCUAGAGCUACUGCAUGCUUGUCUAGCUAGAUCUCGUUUGUUGCUAUCUUUGUGUGCUGGAUCUUUAUGUUAUAGUUAAUGAUCCAUCUUAUUGUAUCAGGGCCUGUACUGUAACACUCUAUUUCGAAUAAUGAGAUUUCUCGUCUCCUGAUA